CUCCUGUUUAUCUAUAAAAAAUUAACUUGCCCUAUAUCAAAUUGAUCUCAGGCUAGGGUUCAUUUAAGACAAGUAAUCCAUCAAGAAAGAGAUAAUUUCUCCAAUUUAUUGUUUUAUCUUAAAUACAGGGUGACUAGUUCCUCUAGCACAGGGGUGGGGAACCUUUAUUCUCCUGUAGUUGUCCUGGUACCACUUUUCCUACUCAGGCAAGAAAGAGAAAAACAAAACUGGAUAUCACUAGCAUGUUUAAUGAGAGGUGCGGGCUAAAGCUGGUCUGGGUGUCCAGCCAAAAACCUCUCCUACAAAAUGUUCGGGUUGCCAACAAAAGUAGUCUUCUUCAAUUGAUCCCCCAAAGCCCUUUCCAUUCCGCAGAAUACAGAAUAUAUACACACACACCCCUCGCAAAAUCACUGCAUUCAUUCCUCUCUACAUGGAAACAAGCCCCUUUCUUUCAAUGGGACUUCCAUUUUCAGUUGUCUCUUUAGGAUUGCGGUUCACAACCCGAGUUGGGGUGAGGGGAGAGGAAAAAACCCCGUUGCUACUUUUAAAUUCGUUGAUGAGGAGGGAAAUACGCUGUCCGGCCAGGGCUGCACUAAAAAUCCUAACCGUCUAAAAAAAGCGGGACCGCGUGUCUUCUUAGGGGGGUUGUAUGGCAUCCCACUCCUCUCUAUCGUGGCUGCCGUAGCAACGGGGGGCGGAGCGGCAGAGCCCCCAACCGGAAGCAGGUUGUUUUUCCGGGUCACGGGGAGGGCGGGGUGGGAGUGCCCGUCAUGGAGUCGCUCGGGAGGCUGAAGCGGUUCGAUGCGUUUCCCAAGACGCUGGAGGAUUUUCGGGUUAAGACCUGCGGCGGGGCGCUCGGUGAGAGGCGUCGCUUGCGGGGGGCGGCCUAAAUUGUGCUCUGGCGAGGAGCGCCUUCCUUGCGGCGGGAGCGGUCUUGCGGCUCGCGGGAUUCAGACGCGACUUACUCACGAUGUGCUGCUUUCAUUUGCGUGUCCCGUGUGCGAGUCUGUUACGUGCAGUCGCGUGUUCGCGCGUUCAGGUGACGGGCUUGGUUCUCACGUGAUGUUUCAUCACUUUAGCGACUUGCAGCUGAGCUUUCCUUCCCGGAAAGCCUCUCGUGGUUGAGAUGUGGCCCUUCUGUCUACGGUGUUUUUAAUCCGCGCUGGUUUACUCGCACGUGUAAGUCUCCUCGAUGGCAGCGGCAGCAGCAUCAGGAAGGCUGGGCAUGUGGGUGCGAAUGAACCAGCUCUGGAAGAGAUGCAAAACAUAUAGGAAGCGGCGUCCUUUUACUGUACUGCUCCGAGCGGCAUAGCAGGUGUGUGGUCGGUUUGGUUGUGGUGCAGAGCCUCUUCAUGAUCAGGCAGGAGUGGGAAGAGGACUAAUUCUCAAGAGAUGCCCUUAGUCAACUCAAGACAGCGACUGGUUUAAAGAGAUUUUAGUUUUUAAUCAGGAAAUGUCUUGGGUAACACUCCUUCAGUUUAGUAAACUUACUCUCCAGCAGAUGUAUUUUGCUAGCCUGGCUUGCUAAGAGUCUCCAAUAUUUCCAUGCUGGCUGCAGAGGAUGGGAAUCUCCCAUUUUUGUGUGCCCAUUAUGAAGACGCAAGAGACUAGUCUCUUAGCAACUAGUUAGAAAUCUGUCAAGUGUGCUGGCAGAGGAAGAAAAGAGCUUAAGGGAACCAUCUUCCCUUUCUGCUCAUCCAACAUAAAAACCAAGCAGAGAAAUCCAUUGCUUCUCUGCUAGCCCACUAUGCUCUCCCCCUACCUCACUUUCUCUUAUUAAUAAAACCUUAGUUCUGUAAACACCUACAGGGAAAGGAGUAAGAGGGUAAAUCAAACCCCUAGCAAGUCUUGAUGGAGCAGUAUAGCUACCAUUGCUACCACAGUACCACAGCUUGUGCUGGGGAAGCCCCUUUCCUGUUCAGUGGUACCUCGAGUUAAGAACUUAAUUUGUUCCGGAGGUCCGUUCUUAAGCUGAAACUGUUCUUAACCUGAAGCACCACUUUAGCUAAUGGAGCCUUGCGCUGCUGGAGCACAAUUUCUGUUCUCAUCCUGAAGCAAAGUUCUUAACCCGAGGUACUAUUUCUGGGUUAGCAGAGUCUGUAACCUGAAGCGUCUGUAACCUGAAGCAUAUGUAACCUGAGGUAGCACUGUACUAUCUCUUGUGGCACAAGGCUAGCUCAGAAUCCAGUGGGUCUUUUGCCAGCCUAGUUUCAGCCCUCGAAUGCUCUGUUUCAUGGGUUUCCCCCUGGCUACUACCUUCAAUAAUAUCCAUCUGCCAUUUGAGGUGGAGUCACAGAUAGAGUCAGGCAGGCUGGGUAGAGGGACAGUUGGCCCUAUUCACACCCCUAUUCAACACUGCAGAUUGAGGAGUUGGAUUACUCUCUAAACUCCACUGGACAGUGUGGGGCUAACUUCUGAGUAAAUAUGCAUAGGAUUUCCCUGCAAGGCUGGAUUUUCCAUCUAUUUUUGCUAUUUUCCUGGUAGAUACCAACACUGAACCAGCAUAGUUUAUAUUUAUAAAUAAGCACAUGGGAAGCUUUAUACAACACUUUUUGUAGUAUUUCUUUGCAUGUUCAUAUGGCUAUACCAGGGGUUUUCAGCCAGUGUGCCAUGGUGCCAUGGGUUGCCUUGAAUGGUGGUCAGGGGUGUUGCAGGCAACACUGGCCUCUGCCCUUCUUUCCUUCCCUCCCUCCUCUGAUGCCCUCUCACGUCUUUGCCCCCCCAAGGCUUACACAGCUGUUUGUUGCAGCAGCCCUGGCUUCAAGCUCCCCAGGCAAAUUGUGCCUCUGGAGAGGAGAGGAGAAGAGGCUGAGGGAACACUCCAGAAAGGCGGGUGUUCAAAAAGGGCUGAGGGGCUGCUGGCUCUGCAGGCAAAAGUCGACAUAACUGGGAUCCUAAGUCCCACAGGGGUGCUACAGAAAGGAUGUAGUUGGGUCAAGGGAGCCGUGGACUUGAAAAGGUUGAAAACCUCUGUGCUAUACUAUUCAGAAAAGCCUAUUGCAUGUAUCUUCCUUUAUAAGAAAGUUACUGUAUUUUUCGCUCUAUAGGACACACUUUUUCCCCUCCAAAAAUGAAGGGGAAAUGUGUGUGCGUCCUAUGGAGCGAAUGCAGGCUUUUGCUGAAGCCUGGAGAGUGAGAGGGGUCGGUGCGCUCCAGGCUUCAGGAAGCUAUCCGCAAGCCUUGGGAGCCCAGCGGGAACUCCCGCCGGGCUCCCAAGGCUUGCGGAUAGCAGCCUGUUCUGGGGGCUGGGGGGAAUAAGAAUUUUUUUCUUUAUUCCCCCCCCCAAAAAAACCUAGGUGCGCCCUAUGGGCCAGUGCGCCCUAUAGAGCGAAAAAUACGGUAAUGCCCUAUAGAUGAGGGUAAAUAACUCAUAAGACCUAGUAUGCCUUUGACUUAAAUUAAACUGUUGGAUUAGCACCCAUCUUCUAAUAGUAACAGAACUGGAACCCUUGCCUGGCACCUUCACUCCAUAUCUUUAAACACCAAGUGAAAACAUUUCUCUUUAAACAGGCCUUGAGCUAAUUAACAUUCUAUGUCCCUUUAAAUGUGUUAGGGGUGUUAUUGGUUUGCUUUUGUUUUUGUUUUAUUAUUUAUUUUGUGUUCUUAUUCAUUUUUGUUGUUGUAAACCACCCUGGGAUCUUCAGACUAAGGGCAGUAUACAAAUUGAAUAAAUAAGAACAAUAACAAUAGUGAAGCCGCAACUUCCAACCAAAGGACAAAAUACUUACUGUGUAUUUUUUAAAAAAUCCACCCCUGUUUAGUAUGUCAUCAGUUUGUUCCAGGAAACAAUGCCUAAGCCAACAAACUGCUUGCUGUGCUUUCUAGCGGCUUUCUACUGCACAGUAGAUUAUUUUUGGAGAGAACCUUGGGGCUUAUUUGCCAAGUGUUGUAUUCUAAUUGGUGCUUGUUUUGAGAGCACACCUCUUUUACUGAACACAGGAAACAAGUAGGAUUUUCUUCCUACUAUUUUUUACUUUGGAGUAAUUCCAGUUCCUUGGAAGUAGUUAAGCAGGAAAAGAAUUAAAACUGAUUCUACCAAGAUGCUUCAUUCUGUUCUUAAUGGUUUUUGUUUUAUUGUAUUCAUAUUAUUGUACACUGCCCUGAUAUUUUAUGAGAGGGCAGUAUACAAAUACUUUUACAAAUACAAGUAUACAAAUACUUUUACAAAUACAAAUGAAGUGGGUGGAUUGAAGACGUAAUGACCACUAAAGUAGAAAGUGAUCACUUAAUCUAACCUAGGCCACUCAAGUACAUAUCUGUUAAGCCUGGGUGAUAUCUGGUUUUCAGCAUCAUGAUCUAUCAACAGCUAAAUAUAGCUGUCUGAAAAGUAUCUCGGCUGCGUCUUCCUCCCCACCUUUCUGUGCUGGAGAAGAGUGCAGCAUUUUGCAAAGGGUUCAGGGAUAUUUUUCAGCAUGCUGAACAAUUCAUGUGGGGGUGCUGACCAGGUCUGUUGAGCCUUGCAAUCAAACUAAAUGUACUGAGAGUGUACCUGCAAAAGAACACAUGCAGAGCUCUCUUGUUUGCUGUGUGUUUCAUGGAAAGAUUAGAGGUGAUGGGCAUCAGAUUUUUGAGAAAGCUUAUCUGACUGUUGAUCUUCAUGAGUUCAUUAUUUAGAAGAUAUCAGAUCAGUUCCGACUAUCUCCAGGAAAAGACCCAUUUGGAACCCAGGAGAGCCACUGUCAUUCAGUAAAGACAAUAUCAAGCUAGAGGAACCAAUAGUGUGACUUGGUAUAAGUCAGCUUCCUAUGUUCCCUAAAAUAUUGAUAAGAUCAUGUGUAGUAGAAGUUGCAAGAUAUGACAAUAUGUUACUUGUGUUUUCCUUUUUCUCUCUCUGCAGUAACUGUAGUCAGUGGACUUGUCAUGCUCUUACUGUUCUUCUCGGAGCUCCAGUACUAUCUCACAAAGGAGGUAAAUAAGUCUGUUUUUCUCAUCCCCUGUGCACACACUCCCAAAUACAGAUUUUGCUUUGUCUUUGUUUUUUUAUGCUAGAGAUUUAGAUAAUUGUGGAUAGUGUGCUAGACUAAGGCUGAAGCGAUCCAGCCAUGAUGCUCAUGGAGUUAUUUGGAACAUAGGAAGCUGCUUUCUACCAAGUCAGGUCAUUGAUGGGCCAGCCACCAUCUUUUAGCCAAAUUUACUUACCUCACAGAAUGGUUGGGAAGAUAAAGGGGAAUCCAGCAAAGUCGUUGGGUGAGCAGAGCAGCUUCCAUUCACGCAAUGGAAGUUCACCUUCCCCUCCUCCCCCUGCACCCGUGCCAUCUGCUCCAGAGGGUUGGAAGAACCUCAAGCAGAUUGAAGGAAGAGAUGGAGAAGUUUCAUUGCAUGAAUGAAAGUUGCUUUGCUUGUGCAAUUACUUCGUUAGAUGUGUCCUUGAAUUACUUGAGGACAGGGUAGAAUAAUAGUCAAACACUAGCCACAGCUUUAGUGUACAGUUUAUGUAAAAAUCAACCAGAAUUUUCAUUCAUGCUUUAGCUUAGGUUUCCUAUUUUUGAAUAGACUUUUAUUCUAUAAUGGGAUAAAAUAGACUUAGAAAAUCUCCUGCCUCAGCCUGCAUGCUUAGUGUCAAAGCUUUGGUGUUGUUUUCAUAGAUUAAUGCAAUUGGAAUUGUAAGAUGCUAUUCUGUCCCUCUGAAGCUCAACAUCAAAAAAACUAAGAUCAUGGCCACUGGUCCCAUCACCUCCUGGCAAAUAGAAGGGGAAGAAAUGGAGGCAGUGAGAGAUUUUACUUUCUUGGGCUCCAUGAUCACUGCAGAUGGUGACAGCAGCCACGAAAUUAAAAGACGCCUGCUCCUUGGGAGAAAGGCGAUGGCAAACCUAGACAGGAUCAUUAAAAGCAGAGACAUCACCUUACCAACAAAGGUCCGUGUAGUUAAAGCCAUGGUUUUCCCAGUAGUGAUGUAUGGAAGUGAGAGCUGGACCAUAAAGAAGGCUGAUCGCCGAAGAAUUGAUGCUUUUGAAUUAUGGUGCUGGAGGAGACUCUUGAGAGUCCUAUGGACUGCAAGAAGAACAAACCUCUCCAUUCUUAAGGAAAUCAGCCCUGAGGGCUCACUGGAAGGACAGAUCGUGAAGCUGAGGCUCCAAUACUUUGGCCACCUCAUGAGAAGAGAAGACUCCCUAGAAAAGCCCCUGAUGUUGGGAAAGAUUGAGGGCACAAGGAGAAGGGGACGGCAGAGGACGAGAUGGUUGGACAGUGUUCUCGAAGCUACAAACAUGAGUCUGACCAAACUGCGGGAGGUAGUGGAAGAUAGGAGUGCCUGGCGUGCUCUGGUCCAUGGGGUCACGAAGAGUCAGACACGAGUAAACAAACAAUUCUGUCCCUAUACACACAAUCUUUUACUUGCUUGCUCAUUUAAGAGCCUCCAUCUAGGCGUCUUUCACACUUGCUUAACCAAAGGAGGAAAUCAAUACUGUUAUUCUUUUUUCCACUCUGACGGCGUCCUACCAAUGAUUGUUGUGCCUCAAGGGGAUUUUCUCUUUCUUCGCUACAUACAGUUUCAGAAAGAGGAGCAAGACAGAAAUCUAGCCCAUGUUCUGGGAUUUGGUCAUGAUUGUGCCUUAAACUAAGGUCUAUAAUUCUGUUAGCCUGGUUAUUCUAAUUCUUAUUCAUGUCGACCUCUGACACUGUUUCUCUUAACGUUCCUGGAAAUUUCCCUCCCUUUUUAGUUCUCUGAAUGUGGAAUGCUUAUAAAACAAACAUUUACAAAUCUGGACAGAUGAGAAUAAAACUGAUUUUUUUUAUUUUUUUUAUUUUUUUUUUGCAAUUAGGUGAUUUUUCAUUUUCUUCAUUUUUAGAUUCACCCAGAAUUAUAUGUUGACAAAUCAAGGGGAGACAAACUACGGAUAAACAUAGAUGUUUCCUUUCCACAUAUGCCAUGUGCUUGUGAGUAUAUUCUAUUUGCUUUUAAUUAUAUUAAACCAUGACAAUAUGGUAUGGCUUGGCAUCUCAUAGCACAUUAUAUAACUUACGUGAACUUCCCUGGAGUCAGUCAUAAACGUCUCCACAGAGAAAAUGAAUGAGAGACCAGGGGUUGAACCUCGUCCCUUACACAGGAUGGCAUUUUCUGUUCCUCUAGUGCAGGCCCUCCAAAUGUUUUUGGCCUACAACUCCCAUGAUCCCUAGCUAGCAGGACCAGUGGUCAGGGGUGAUAGGAAUUGUAGUCUCAAAACAUCUGGAGGGCCGAGGUUGAGGAAGCCUGCUCUAGUGAAUUAUUGGUCCUUCCCUAUGCUCAGCUAAUGUGGAUAUAAGGGGUCUACAUUGCUGUUUCUGGACACUAAGUCCUCUCAUCAAAUCCCAUGAAUCGGCCUAAUUCUUAGAAAGGUCCUCUCAGAAAACCUUUGUGUUUUGUACCAUUUUGAUAUUUGAUAGCUCAGUGGGUAUAUCACAGUGGUGGGGGACUUUGGCCCACAGGCCUGAUUAGGCUUACUUGGCCUCCUCAUUUGGCCUGCAAGGCCAUUUUGGCCAAGCAAUGCCCACUUGCCAUCGCUUAUGGUAUCAGGUGUGGUGCAAGGAAAGAUGUGGCUGAACUGAAGGGAUGUUUGCAGGCACUGACAAUCAGCUGAUUGACGGUGUCACAAAAGCCCUGUGAACAGUGCUUUCCAAGUGCUGCUGAUUAGCAGUGCCUGCUGUGCUUUUACCUGCAUGGUACAAUUUCAAACCAUGUGGUUUGACAGGUGAAUGGCAGGUGGGUGUCCCCCCGCACCUGUUGCCCUUGGCUCUUGGAAGUGGGGAAGAGAAGGAUGUGGCUUUUCUCCCAGAGCCAGAUCUGCACCCCUGGUUUAUCAUGAAGUAAAGGAAUCAUCUGAUGUCUCAAGAAAUCUGCCUUCGCCUGUCCAUUGUUGUUUUUCAGAUUUGAGCAUUGACGCAAUGGACGUAGCUGGAGAGCAACAGCUAGACGUUGAACACAACCUCUACAAGCAGCGCUUGGAUAAAGAUGGCAAGCAUGUGACUCCAGAGGCAGAAAGACAUGGUAGAAUACACUGCUCCCCCCGUGUGGGAACAGUAUUGCAGUCAAGAUGCUAACACUGUGGCAUCUGAUUUAAAGGCAGCUAAAGUGACAAGCUCACACUCUUGUCUACUGUAGGGCCAGACAUUUGCUGCUUCUCAUGGAGGUGCACCACUGUUAACAAUGGUUGGGUGUGCUGGGAAUCUGGGGGUUGCUAGUACAAGGACCUUGUCUGUCUUUGUUUCAGAGUUGGGAAAAGAAGAGGAAAUACUAUUUGAUCCAAACUCUUUAGACCCUGAUCGAUGUGAAAGUUGUUACGGGGCAGAAUCUGAGGACAUCAGGUAUGCCUUAAUUCCCUCACUAUUACCUAGAGGCAAAGAGAUGAAGUUGGAAGGGAGCUGCAUAAUCAUAGCAUUUCCUGAACCUUCUAGGAAGGAGUGGGUUCCAGAAUGCUUUUAGUCAAACACCAAGUGCUCGCCUAUUCUGCUUACUCUGGAGGUCAGGUUGAGGAUGAUACUGGUUUCCUCAUAGUUAAUUGGAAGAGAGGAUAAAUAGGCAAUGCGUGGAUUUCAUUAACCUUCUGUCUUUCAGAUAACAACGGGCCGGCUGCAUUUAAUAUUUAUUUUAAAUUGUUGUAACCCAUCCUGGGAUCUUAGGUUGAAGGGUGGGUAAAAAAUUAAAAUAAAUACAAAAUCAUCAUAAGAUGGUGAUGAUGGUGAUUUCUUAUUAUUAUUCUGUGUACAUAGCUCUGCAAUGGUUCGGGUUGCCUGUUUCACCAAUUAGAAAGGUCCUGCAGGUUGCUUCUGAGAGUGAAGCCAUAGAAUGAUGAAGAGGUUACCACUUGUCUGUCAUCCAUGUGCUAGUAAUCUGGGAACAGCUCAGCAUGCUGCAUCUGAGAUAGGGAGAUACAUUUUUUCCACAUUAUUUACUUAUGGGAAGACCUAUAGGGCACAUCUUUUUGUGUCCCUGCUGGUGGCUAUUUCUUGCUCAGCAACCUUCGCCCUCUCCCAGCUGUGAGUUUUCUGAAGCUCCAUGAAGCACACAGGAAGCAACUGGCAGGGCUUACACAGCUUAGCACAUUUCAGAUGGAAGUAUAGACUUUUAUGCAGAACCCCAUUUUCUUACUAUGUGCUUCAUAGGUGACCAUUUUUGCUGAUUUACAUGCUUAUUCUUUUUCACAGAUGCUGUAAUACUUGUGACGAUGUGAGAGAAGCAUACAGGCGGCGUGGCUGGGCUUUCAAGAAUCCAGACACAAUAGAACAAUGCAAGAGAGAAGGUUUUAGCCAGAAAAUGCAAGAGCAGAAAAAUGAGGGCUGCAAAGUAUAUGGCUUCUUAGAAGUCAACAAAGUAAGUGAGUCAAUUUUUAUCACCUUACUCCAAAAGGUCUAUUGAAAUCCCAGUGACACAAGUGACCAAGAAGCAAGGGAAACUAGAAAAAUGGGAUCCACACUCUGGUGUUGCCAUAGUUUGAGUGUCAGUCUCUAAAUUUUUGCAGGCGUGCAUAUUACUGUUGAGCAACAUACAAGAUAGAUACCACGUAGAAUAGAAAUUAAUAUAGUGAUUAGCAAACGUUCACCGACAGUUUUUAGAGCCAGAACAUAAACUCUUUAUUUAACCCCGUGGAGAAUACGGGUUGCAUGUGGAGUAUGCUUUUAUAUGCUUUGGUCUACCACAAGUUUUUGGCAGCUUAAGUCUUUUCUGUACUUUGUUUAAUCUUACAAAGAGGAAUGCCAGUGUCUCCCUCUAAGCUCUCUUCCAGAUUCCUUAUAAGUUAGAUAGUUCCUAAUGAAACUGCUUAUUCCUUCCGCAUUUGGCACUAGCUUCUCUCCUGUAACUAACACCUCUGUAGCAGGAAGUGACUUUUUCAGACCAAAUUUACAUAUGUAGACUACUAAAUGCUAGGUUGUAUCACUAAAUGAUAGCUUGUACCACUUCAGACUUCUGGGUGAAGGGUACUUCAUUUCUGAAUAUAAAAAAGAAAGGGUGAGGACCACCCAACAUACACAGUGGGGAGACCAGGCUAGAAUCUUUCCUUUUAUUUGGGAUAGUGCCCAGACCAGUUUUAUUCAUCAUAUAAGGGGGAAUGGAUCUAGCCCUGUUUGCUUUCUUCUGUGCUAAUCUACUUUCAAAUAGUGUGGUUUUGAUGGAGGGAAAGAUUCAAAAAUGUGGUUCACCAUUUGCAGACUGAAGUGGUAAAAGCCAUGCUGGAUUUUGUGGGUUUUGCGUUUUGUUUUGAUUUUACAUAAUAUUACAUAUCUUUGGCAAAGAUUGAGAUUGUGCCAUAAAAACAUUACUUCUGAUCCAGAGGACCUGAUUACCGUAUUUUUCGCUCGAUAACACGCACCGGACCAUAACACGCACGUAGUUUUUAGAGGAGGAAAACAAGAAAAAAAAUAUUCUGGGAGGGAGGGAGGGAAGGAAGGAAGAGAGGGGGAGAGCUUACAUUUGUGCAGCUGCCUUGCCUCGAACCGGAGCAAAAAGAGGAGGAGGAGACGCAGGGACACGAACCUUGUAAGCCGCUUUGUUUGAAUUUACCGGUGAGGUGCUGGGGGAGGGAUGGAAGGGGAUGCCCUCUUUGUCCCUCCUUCCGGCUCAUUGUAAAGAAAGCAGAGUAAGAGCUGCUUACAUGUGUGUAAGCAGCUCUCCCUUUGCUUGAAUUACAGUCAGCCCAUCAGACUAUAAAGUCACCUCGCCAAAAAACAAUAGAGCAGGCAGACACGGAGAAAGAGAAGCUCUCCCUUCUCCCACCUUGGCUUUUACACGCUGCACUCAGCUUUUGCCGGCUGCAGGCAGACACGGAGAAAGAGAGGCACCUCUCUGAAAAGCCUGCAAGAGCGGCUCCUCCCACCUGCAUUCACUCCAUAACGCGCACACACAUUUCCCUUUACCUUUUUUGGGGGGGGGACUGAGUGUUACGAUGCAAAAAGUACGGUAGUUUAUGAACAUGUGAGCUAAUUUACUUCCAUGAAGGAAAUGUAUGUGAAGUCCAAAAGCAGUAAGCCUGGAAUGGGGAAAGGGAGCUACUUCUGAUGAGAGGUGCUGUUCUUCCCCCAAAGGCUUCCAUGAGUCCAGAGUAUGUGGUGAUGCAUAGUUGGGGCUGUGUCUGUUCAAGUUGAGCAUUCUUAUCUCUUCAAUAGUCAGUGUAGCAAGCAAUCUGCAUUUGCAGUUUGGAGGAGGGGCUCAAAGCCUUGGAUAUCAUUUUUGUAUCUUUCUCAAUUUGGUGUCUCUUGACUUUAAAAUAUCAACUGUAUGUUCAUAUAGUAAUUCUCAUAAUUCUGACUGUUUUCAAUUUGCAGAGAAAGGCAAUAAGAUUUGUACAUUGCUGUGCUUUGGACAUUAGCAACUCCUGCUUGGAUCUAGUUUGGGUGAAAGUGUAUUGAAGUACAGUAUAUAGGUUAAACACUUCACCUUCACAUUCCUUGUGGAGUGCCCUUUUUAAGCUUUACAGCUUCACUUUUUAAAGUUGUUACAAUCUUCUAUGGAGAGCUGGGCAGUUUAAUGAAAUGUAGCUGUCUUUUACAGGUAGCUGGCAAUUUUCACUUUGCACCAGGAAAAAGCUUUCAGCAAUCUCAUGUUCAUGGUAAAGUAGUUUGCAUUCUUCUGAGUGGGUUUUUUGUAAUGUUCCCUUUUUACUAAAUAUCAGGAAAUAAUUGUAACUCAUGCACUAAAGUAGGUAUAUAGAAUAUACUGUUAAGGAGGAACUUUCUGAAGGAAUGUUCUGAGAAGUGUGUUGGAAAACUGUGAUGUUUCUAUUCACAUGAGAAAGAAAGUUGUAACAUUAGAUCCUUUGAGGCAGUGCCUUUCUUCUAUAAAUGGGUUUUUAUCAAUAGCCACUUCUGUCCUGGCAGUGGUAAGACUAGCAUUUCAAAGCAGUUCAAAUCCUGUUAAUAAUCUGCUGCCUUAUAUACAGGGUUAUUUGACAACAUAAAUGUUUUAAGUAAUGAAAUAAAAAAAUAUUGUUAUCCUCAGAGCCACGCCGGUCAGGUUGGCUUACAAAAUUAAACCAAAAAUAAGCACGAGUAUACUUACCAUGCACAGCACACAUUAUAUUUCAAAACAAAUAAAUAGGAUAUUUUAAGACCAAGAUUGAAAUUGCAUGCGGUAGUUUGAUGCAUCAAAAUUUUUAAGCAUACAUUUUAUGGCAGGCUGUAGCAUAGUUCUGUGAGCAUGCUGAGCUUAUUCCAUUGCCAUACAAGACGAGCGGAAAUUCGGCUUGAAUGUGCGCUUCCAGUAUAUUAAGAUUUUGAUACAAAUGUUAGACUAGAUCGACUAACACAAUUCAGGAAAAAAGUACUUUGGCAUCUGCAGCUAUUUCGAAAUUCAGAAUGCACAUAAUGUAUGUAUGUGAUAGUGAAUAUACUGUCUGCAAUUACUGUCUGAAGGUUUCCUCUUCAAUUUUGUACUGAAUAUUCUCCAUUUCUGGUUUUCACUCCUGGAACAUAGAAAUGGUUCCUGCCAAAGUUUCUGUGUGACAGUGCUAUAGAACAGUGGAGUGUGGGGAACCUUUGGCCUGGCAUGGGUCCCAAUUUUAGACUGUAAAACUGUUUUCCUCAGAACAUACCCACCUGCGUUAUGUGAUCUCAGGUGUGCGCAGGUAGAAAUGUGGCUGGAUCAGCUGCACAACUGAGUUUCCAGAGAGAACUCAAUUGUGCAGCCAAUCCCUGCAGGAAGCAUCUUUGCCAGCCCUGUGAUUGGCACUUGGGAAGCACUGAGCACAGGGUUUGCAAAGCACUUUAUGCAGUGCUAUCCGAAGGUCCAACUGCUAACUAGUUGUCAGGUACUUGCCAAGUGCUGAGCACAGGGCUAGCAAAGCCUCUUGCACUGCACUUUCCAAUUGCCCAACAACCCUUUGACUUUCAGACACUUGUGAAAUGCUGCGCAAUAAACUUUGAUAGGUGGGUAGGACAACCCAACUGUAAAUUGUCUGACAUAAUAAUGGUAGUCCCACCUACUUGUCAGAGUUGGCCAGAGGGGUGGUGGUGACAGAUAAAACACUGGCCCACUGGGCCAAAAUGGUUCCCCACCUCUGCUAUAGAAUAUUACUCCUUAUUGCUUCUGUUAACUUGUUGAAUGUUUUCUGCUCUAGCACUUAAUCAAAGGAAGAUAAGCUUUAUUAUUUUCUGUUCCUCCCUCUCCUCUCAAAUGGGAACUUUGUCAGGGAAUUUCCCCUUCUCCUUUUCUGUCUUGACAUCUUAGUCUUUUACCAAAAGUUUAACAAAUGGCACUUUAUUACUGAUGAGUUCUUAUACAUCUGACUCGAAAAGUCUCUGCUGCUAAAAGGAAGUCAAUGCUGAAAUUCUCAUCUUUUUCUGGAAUCUUGUUUUAGAUAUCCUGCCAGUAGUUUAAGAUCAACAUGAUUGUGUUUCUUUUACAAACCAUCCAGCUUCUUCCUCCUGUUUGCAUGGAAGAAUAGUCUAGUCUAGUCCAGAACAGCAUAACAUGGGACACAAUAAAAAAAUAUUGAUAUUGAACAACUGUACUCUUGCCUUCAUGUUCCCCUUAAACCAUAGCCUGUGCUAGAGGAAGCUUUGGGGAAAAAAGAGUAUCUAACGUUGAGAGGCUGCUGCUUUUGCAAUAACGUAUAUUAUCUCUGCUUUAGAUCCUUCUGGAACAGUUGAGAGCAACCACCACUUAUUGAUAAUACUGAUUUGUUUAGUUAAAUUUUAAUUGUAGCUUCAUAGGGUUUGGACUCUUCUUUUCAGAAUAUGAGCAUUGCUCUACAGCUAGUAUUUUAUCAGCUGAACUACAUAGGUCAACCAACUGUCAUUUAAAAAACUAUUAAUCUUCUAUCUUUUUUAAGUUGGGAAAAUAUGAAGGUAUAAAUAAUACUAUGGGCCAAAGCAUUCUGUUUCUUUUCUGUGCACUGUCUUUUUAAUUUUUCCUGUAAUAAUUGAUUCAGUUUAAACAUGAUUACACUGGUCCAAGCUCGUCACUUCCCUGCAUAAACCUUGUUCUACCUGUUUCAGUUGCAUGAGCUCCCUUCUGAAGGAAAUAGGUUUCGGAAUCUAGCAAUCCGCAUGACCUCAGUUGUAGUUCAUGGUGCUGAUCUUUGCUUUUCAGCAUCUCCACCAUCUGUUAAGGAUAAUGGAUGUCAUAAUUCUGGUCCAUUAUUAGGCUGUUAAAUAUCACUUAUAUUAGAUGGAACUUCUGUAGCUUAAGUUUGUGAAGGACUGUAGCCAUGUGCAUUAACCCUUGUGGCUGUAGAGAGAAGAUGUACAGUAUAGGUGUUUUCCAGUGAUUAGGGUACAGAGGUUGUGCAUGGUGCUCAGCUCCCUGGCUCACAGUCUCAUCAUCCCAAAUAGUUGAUCCUUUGCUUAUUACGGUUUCCUUGCAUUACUAGCUGACAAAAUCAGUCAUGGAAGAAAGAUGAGUUGUUAGGGAGGUUUAACCAAAUUCUGAUGUGGAUGAUUUGCAUCACUUAUUCUGGCUGCUCAGUGGUGUAAGACUUGAGAUUUCUCCCAAAUAUGUGAUACUAGGACAGCUAAAGCCAUGCCCAUUUUUCUUUCACAGUUGAGAGGCAGUUGGCCAGAGGCAAAAUAAUUCCUUGGUAGAAUUCCUGUGCUGUAAGUGUCAAGAUCCAACUUGCUAAUUGUGUUGCUUGUGAAAGGCCUUUGCCAGUGCAAAAUGUUUCACUAUGCACAGAAGCAUUGGCCGGGCAAAAGAUGGAGAUUGGUUGAGAUUUGUUUGAAACUAGUGAUCAGUGCCAAUUCGUAAUGUUUUCCAUCCUCUAAUCUUUGCUGCAAGACUUAUAGACUUAUGUGUUCCACAAGGCCAUUCUUUCCCCAGCCCCUAAAAGACCUAGAGCAGGGACAGCUUAGCCUUGGGAGGGCUGUAUAAACACAUGCAUUCAGAUCAUCAUAUAGCAUCCUGGUUUCCUCUGUGGGCCUGUAGUUGGUGCCCUGCAGCAACUGAAAGGGCAGCCAAUGCUGUAUCUUUAGGAAGCAACACAGUGUUCCUUUUUAGUCCUCAGGCCAUAGGUAUAUGUGAAGGUUCACAUGCGCGAUUCAGUGCUGCUUUGUGUCCCUUCACAAAUUGCUCCAAGCCCAGAGUUUUGUUGGCAGAGUAGCCAGUGCUGCUUCAAAGCAAAACUAAUGUCAAGUAUUGCCUUUGUUUUUACAUCCUUGCUUUUCAGUAUGGAGCUCUGAAUGUUUCUCUCUUUCUUUUCUUAACCCUGCUCAUUUUUGCAGUUCACGCUGUUGAGAGUAAGUGUUGCUGACUUAUUUUCUUUACUAUUUCUGUACUGUCUGUAAUUAAACCAGUUAAUUUCUCCAAUUCAACCUUGGUGCUCCCUAAAGAUUUGACAGAAUUAAAGUAUCAGUAGACACCGCAUGUUUUCUGUCAAGGAACUGCAAAUUGUUUUCACGUGGCUUUAGAAGGUCUCUUUUGUAUAAAAAAUGUCAGGUCAUUUCCGUUCUUAUCUUCAAAAUAAUGUUCGUUGAACAUAUGGAAGAGAGUGCAGGAUUAAGCCCUCUGCCCAGCCAAUUGGAUCUCACAGCAUGUAGGAAAAAAGAGGACAGCAUAUAAUAGUUUAAAAAGUCAGAAACAAAAUUUAGCUUAGCUUUAUAUUGCGCUCAUCUUAAUAAUGAAAGAAAUGUCUCCAUACCCUAUAAAGACAUUAUGCCUAAACAGGGAAAACCUAAUGCGUGCAAGGACCUUGGGACGUAUAUCAGGCUAUACAUGUUCAGCCACGCACAGAGCCCCUUGGAGACUUUCUUCUGCAACUGGGGGGUGGAGCAGGUUUGCGGUGCAGGGUACAUUGAAGGCAGGGCCAGUGCAAUUUGUCCUGAGGACUAUAUCCGUGUUGCCAUAAUGCUUGAACAGCACAUUUCUUUUUUCCCAUUAAAGUGUGAAUGUGCCUUCUGAAACUGCUCUAUAGAUACAUAUUUUACUUUAGUUUGCAAAUGCGAAGACCUAGGCAGACUGACUGGUUUGGGAAGCUUUGCAGACAAUUGAAGGCAGCUUCACACAUUUUAAAAAUGCAAACCUAAAGACCUUGCAUGGCAUAUUUAAAAAAGAACUUGACAAAUUGUGUUUUUCAGCUAAACCUCUGAUAGGAAUACAUACUCCAGACAUCAGGGAUUGGUCUUAGCCGCCACAUCUACACCCAGUAGAACAUACAUAUACACACAGAUACCCCUUAGUUGUAAGCCUGAGAGUGGAACAUCUAGUAUCUCUGUCCUAAAUUCUCAAAAUGUUAGUAGCUUCAUUCCCAGUUGGAUCUGACACUUACUGCUGAAUUGCCUUGCUGAAAUCCCUAUCUUAUAUUACAGUCAUCUUAAUAUUGUAUUACUAUUAUAGAUUUGGUUGAUAAUUUGCAGUGGAUUUCACUUACUUAGAUUUCCAAAUGUUAGCUUGCAUAGAGCUAAAUAGCAUAAAAAAGCGGGAAGUAUUCUAUUUAUUUAGAAGAACCUAUUUAAAGGGAUUAACAACUUGCUAUCUGAAAACUCCUAAAGUGGAAUUACAACUAAACUGGGAUAAUUUAGCAAAGUUAAAAGCCUGCUCUGAAUGCAUUCAGAAAUUAACAUAAGCUGUAUUUGCAGGUUGGGAAAGAAUAAAGAGCUGCAACCUUGAAAACACAGUUGAGAAUUAUGGUGGGCAGUAUCUGGUGAUGGAACAAAUAGGUGUAUUCUAAUCCUUGUGCAUAUGCUUAGAAUGUGGCAUAUGAGUUGAGAAGUUGUAAACUGUUCUGAGGUUUUGUUUACAAUUAAGGUAUACAUAUUUUGUUCAACAAAUAAAAUAUCUUCCAGUUGCGCAAGGAAGUUUGUCGUGUCCUUUACUUGGAAACAUGCUAGGAUUGUGAAAAUUUGCAGAUUUUUCUCUUUCUUUCAAAAAAGAACAGAGCAGUUAAAUAACUUUAGGAAGUCUUUUCCUUUAUGUAACAUUUUGUUGUCUUGCUUCUCUUACAGUUCAUGAUCUGCAGAGCUUUGGACUUGACAAUGUAAGUAUCUGGGAAAGACAUAUUGAGUUUGAGAUAUUGAUUCACAUCUGCAGAGAAGGGAGUAAAGUGUCAGUGCAGAUUAUUUCCCCUUGUGCUUACUGGUGUGGCACCUCUAGCUUUGGCAGCAGCUGUGUAAAUGAUAGGCAAAAAGAACAAAAAGCAACAUUUAGAACAAAACUGUUUCCCCCCAAAAGGUGACCACAUAAUUCAUUGUAUACUGGUGCUUUCAGAAUCCAGUGAGUCACUAAGCAUCUAUCCUGAGCUCCUUGCCUUAUUUUAUUCUCACCCUGCAUGCCACUGUGACUGCAGUUCCCAGAGGAGAAGAGGUGUGUAAUUACAGGGAGAGGAGCGUAUUUCUAGCAGGGCUUCUACCCUAAGGUGGUAAAUGCAUGAAAAUUGCGCAGAAGAGAAAACAUCAUUAGCUGUGCUCAACUUGCAUAAGCAGGCACAGGUGCUAAAAUCCUGCUGCUCUUAUUGGAGAGAGUUGGUGAAAAACACCUACCUACCUUUUGAUCAUAGGCUUAGUACUCUGCCUGCUCUGCCCUUUGCUGGUUCUGUUUGAACAUGUUUCCCUUUUUUUGUUUCAGAUAAACAUGACCCAUUUUAUCAAGCACCUUUCAUUUGGGAGGGAUUAUCCUGGCAUUGUGAACCCACUUGAUGGGACAGUUGUCACAGCACACCAAGGUACUGGUCUGAAAAUAAGUUUUGUUAUAGUUUGCUUAUAUACAGCUUUUGCCCCCAAAGUGAUGAAUACUGUACAGUGGUACAUUGGGUUACAUAUGCUUCAGGUUACAUACGCUUCAGGUUACAGACUCCGCUAACCUAGAAAUAGUACCUCGGGUUAAGAACUUUGCUUCAGGAUGAGAACAGAAAUCGUGCAGCAGUGGCGCAGCGGCAGCAGGAGACCCCAUUAGCUAAAGCGGUGCUUCAGGUUAAGAACGGCCCUCCGGAACGAAUUAAGUGCUUAACCCGAGGUACCACUGUAUUAAUAAAAAGAAGGUGCAGUAAAAUACAGUAAGUCAGCUGUAAAAGCAAUAUAAGAUAGCUAAUAAUAAUAAUACCAUACUUUUCUGUGUAUAAUACUACAGUGGUACCUUGGGUUAAGUACUUAAUUCGUUCUGGAGGUCCGUACUUAACCUGAAACUGUUCUUAACCUGAAGCACCACUUUAGCUAAUGGGGUCUCUUGCUGCUGCCGCGCCGCCAGAGCACGAUUUUUGUUCUCAUCCUGAAGCAAAGUUCUUAACCUGAAGCACUAUUUCUGGGUUAGCGGAGUCUGUAACCUGAAGCGUAUGUAACCCGAGGUACCGCUGUUUUUUUGUUUAAAAAUCAUGCUAAAAAGUGGAGGUCUUCUUAUACAUGGAUGGUGCAUAGGGUGGACGUUUGAUUGAUUGCUUCUGCAGCUGUCAGCGGCUAUUGUGUGUGUUAUUGGUUGCUGUGUCAAUGGAUGGUGUUGAUUGGCUGGCGCUGGGGAAGUUGGGCGGGCAAUUGGCAGCUCCUGCCAUUGACGGGACAGCCGUGAGGUGGAGUUUGUGACGUGUGCGGGUGAGUGAUUCUUGGCAAUCCCCCCCUUAAAAAAGCUCAACCACCCUGGGCAAUCCUUCGCAACAGAAGCUCAAUAACUCUGUGCCAUCUCCCCUCAUUUUCUUAAAUUUGAGUCCCCCCAAAUACGGGGCGUCUUAUAGACAAAAAAGUACGGUAGUAGUAAUAAUAAUUCCCUUCCCUUAUAAUAGAACCUAAACAAUGAACUGGCCAAAAUAUGAUGGCUACUGUCUAACUUAGGACUGUCUCACUUAAUCCAGUCACCAUCUUUUAGCUCUUUUUAGUUUCUAUCUCCCUCUCACUACAUCAGGGUAAGCAAGCAGACCCUCAUGUUUAGUUCAUCAACCUACUUGCUGGUCCAGUGUGCAGGAUCCUGGUAAUCUAUUUUCUAAACAAUAGGCCAUAGGAGAUUUAAAAUAAUAAAAAAUUAAAAACAAAAAUGCAUGCCUCUAAUGCCACCCACAAAUCAUACUGAACAUUGCUUCUUGGGCUGUAGUCGUGCUCUCACCACAGACACAGCGCUUGGGUGUUUCUACCCACAUGCACUGAAGGGUUAACAGCCUAUGUUAUAAAUAAUAAUUGUAAUAAAUAAAAUAUUUUAGUUAACAAUAUUAAAUUUAGGUUUGCAUGAGAAGGGAAUAAAACCUUGUAAGUGAAGACUAUCACAUUUGUGGUAAUGCCACACAAGUUAUGUAUAUAUGCAUUUAUUUUAAUAUAAAUUUGGGCAACUAACUGGCUAGCUUCUGGCUCAGUAAAAUGGGAAAGAUGCCAGCAAGCUUCUCUUCCUCCUGGCUGACAGUAAGUUACAGGCAGGGGUGCAUGCAUGAAAGAAUUGUCUUUGCUCUUUUCUCCAUCCCCCCCCUUUCUUUACUUUCUAAGCCAUUCCCAGCUCAGAAAGAUGGAGUUAUAGGGACAGAGACUCUUCUCCCCACACCCCACAGCAAAAUAAAUCUGGAUAGGGAGAGGGAACUAGCCUUGCCUUUCUUCCCUGGGAAUGAAAUCUCGAGUUUCUUUUCUCUCCCUCCCUCACCUGCUCUUUCAUAAGACCCUGCUGGUAAGAUUGUAGACUAAAGUCAUUAUAGCAGAUAUUAUUACUAUGUAGCUUGGACCUCAAUAGAAUUCUAACUUCCCACUUCAAAGUUAUUGCUGCUUACUAAUUAUCUAUUCAAAUUCCUUCUUCCCCCAUAUCAAUUUUGUUAAGUUCUGUAUAAGGGGACUCCCCCUCCCCAAUGGCUCCUAUUAACACCGUAUUUUGCACUUAGCAUCCAUGAUGUUCCAGUACUUCGUAAAAGUGGUCCCCACAGUGUAUAUGAAGGUCGAUGGUGAGGUAAGAUCCCCACAUUUUCUUUUAAAAACAAACAAACACACCAAAACCUAGCAUUAUAUUUUAAUAUAGAACAGUGCUGUCCAGGUUAUUGCAGUGUAAUUACGGGUUGGGACAUGAGGAAAUGAAAUUGCAAAGAGUUUUGUAUAUCUUAUUACCAAUAAGCCUCUGAACAAUCAAAGCUCCAGAUUUGCAAAAGUGUGGAUGACAACCACAUGGGGAUUUCUGAAAGAGAGAAGUCUUUAUUGCUGUGGACCCAGUUUCCUCAGGCUAGAGAAUGUAGUGUGACGACAGGACAGUUAUGAGUCAUGGGGGGAAUUAUCUUGAGUGUAUUGUAGGACUUGGGUAGGUGGUUUAUUUGUGUUGGGCAGAGGGGGGUGGAGAGAGAGGCCAAACUAAGGUAUACUUAAUGCUUCCUGCUGGGGAAGAAGCAUUGUGGCAAAAUUCAACCCAGCUCCAAAUCCUAUAUAGGCAAUUGUGUGUCUUAACUUGUUUAAUUAGAAAGAGUAACAUUAUGUUCUACUUAUGUUCUACUAGGUGGUGAGAUCAAAUCAGUUUUCAGUAACACGACAUGAGAAAGUAGCUAACGGGCUAAUUGGAGACCAGGGUCUCCCUGGAGUAUUUGUGCUCUAUGAGCUUUCUCCCAUGAUGGUGAAACUAACAGAGAAACACAGGUGAGAAGUUUUCACAUGAACCCAUUUUACAACUUGCUUAUAAAAUUACGUUUCAUUUAUUCAUCACGUGAUGCAUACAAAUAGGUUGUAGAGGUAGUUGCAAAAAGCUUCCAUUUGAGGCAGUUAACAUUUUGACUGCCUUCUGAACCUAAGUGUUCAUUGGACAUGGUCAAGUGGGAUUGAAUUACUGUAUUUACUCGAGUCUAAUGCACCACUGAAUCCAUUGUGCACCUUAAUUUUUGCAACGUGAUUUGGCCAAAAAAGGUGAGCAUUAGAUUAAAUACAGUAAUCCAUGGGUUUCAUCCCCCCCCCCCCAAGUUUUAACUUGUUCAUUCAUAAUGUACACAUUACAUGGUAAUCACGUUUUUUCCCCCCCUCACCCCAUAUAGGUCCUUUACACAUUUUCUCACAGGAGUCUGUGCCAUCAUUGGAGGGGUAUUUACAGGUAUUUGAAUAUUUUAAUUGUUCUCCUCAUCCAUCUUGGCUUAGCUUGCAAAUGUUUUGAUCAAUACAUCCUAGGCAUUUUCAAAACUUGUUUUUACAAAGAUGGCAGAAUCGUCACUAGUAGUACAAUGAUUGUUGAAAUAUUAUAGUACAUCUGUUUUCUAUACAUAUAAAAUGAGCCAAAAUGCAACUGAGUGGUGCUUAUCAAAAAGUGUCUCCUACUAGUAUUUAGUGAGCAGCGUAUUUUGGUUGUGUGAUAUGGCUCUUUGGGCAGUGAGCUAUUUCCUCACUGCUUUGACAAAUUUAGGAAUCCCACCCCCCGAACACCUAAAAGCAACUUUUUGGAAGAAAGAGGGGGGUUUCUUUUUUAAUUUAUGGAACAUAUAUAACCUGACCUUCCUUUUCCUCCUUCUUCCAGUGGCAGGACUCAUUGAUUCUUUGAUCUAUCAUUCAGCUCGGGUCAUUCAAAAGAAAAUAGAACUUGGAAAAACAACAUAGAUUAUCAGGUGCAAUCCCCUCUGAAGAACUUGAAGGAAUUAAAAACAAAUGGUCAGUGGUCAUUUUGAGGGUGCCAAGAAGAUCCCUGGACUUGUACCAAGACUGGAACUAUCAUCCGUCUCUCUUCACAAGUAAAAUGGGGGAUUAAUUUAAACAUCCAUCUUUUGUGGCAGUGCUGUAUACCCUAGAUUUCAGUACUUGUCUUAUAUGUUGGCCUAUCUGUCAACUUCUAGAUCAUGAAAUGAAGAAUAUGGAACACAAGACCUUUUACAUGUGUAAAACAAAUAUUUUCUAUUUAAUUUGUACACAGUGCUACCCUUAGGAUGUUUGUUUGGACCAAAUUCUCAGGAAAAAGUUUUAAUAAAGUCGUGUAAUAUUUGCUUUCUUUUUACUUACAUUUCAACACUCUGUAUCAAAUAGCAUUACAGCCAAGAAUAUUGCUCAGUAGUCUGUGCUUGCUUCCCUGCUCCUCUGAUACCUUAUACUUAGCAUUUCUUAACCACUUAAAUAACAGUGGCUUUAGCACAAAUGUAGGCCUGGGAGGUACUGUCAAUAUCAGCUUUUUGAAAUCUCUGUCCAAGGAUAGAGCAUCCUACAUUGUCCAUAAAAUGCAAUGAAAGAGAAGCACAAAGUCAGCUAUCGGGGAUAGCCUCUGUUUUCCAAAUUUAAAGAAAAAACAUUUCAAGUUUUUCUUGCUAAGAAAGUAUUCUGUUCAGAAGUGGUGUUACAUGUGUAUGUUUGUGUAUAUACAUACAUACCUGCGCCGGGUGCAGUAGCGCUGGGCUGCUGAACUGUGCUUCGAUCUCUGAUCCAUCCACCUUGUUUCUCUUGUGGCUCAAAAGACCAUCAUUGGUCCUAGGUUCCUCUUUCUUGGACUAGUGACUUUGAAGUCUGUGGGGCACUGGAGCAAGCUAUUUAUAAAAUGAUAUUCUGCCUUCAACUGCUAGUCUCUCAAUGAGUGCCAGUUCAAAAGUGGCAUUGUGGACUCCAGUCCUGCGGAAAGCUCCAGCGUACCGAUUCUUUUCCCAGUAGUGGUGCCAGUUCCCUCUGCUGUCUGCGCCGAAACCAAAUGCAGAGACCUGCCACACAAAACAUUAUGGGGAAGGAAAUGAGACUAUGAGGCCUAUGUAGCCCAAAAGCUGCUACCUAAUCUAGCAUUCUGUUUCUCAGAAGUCUGCAGGCAGGGCACAAGGGCAACAGACCUUUCCCAGUGAGUGGUGGUCAGCUACAUGCAGCCAUCGAUAAUAAAAAUUAUUUAAAACAAAAAAAAAAUACGUUUUAAAAAAAUUGUUCAUCACAAUAACAUUGUUGCAAUAAAAAAAGAUAAAUACAGUUCCCCCACCCUGCUCCCCAUGACUUUCCUCAACUCCCUCUUUUGGUUCAUAACAUAUUAACUUCUCCUACUUGUUUUGUUAUCUCUCAAUAAAGCUGUCGUAAAUUU